AUGUUUAAACUGGUCAUGCUGAUUCCAACUGAACCACUGUGUCUGAUCAGUUCCUCUGUGGAGUCAGGUGCUGACCUCCUCAAAGUGGAAUACUUCAAGGCUGACAGAAACAGGCCAAACUUUGCCACUGUUCACAAGAAUACUGAGCAGAUGAUCAACGUGACCUUCACCUCCCUGGAUCUACUGCUUCACACGGAGGCUCUCCUCUCCACCAUAGACUUCCUGUCUUCUGCCCUGUCCUCCGGCAGCCUGCCCCUUCACCAGAGGAGCCUAAGCAGAAGUCUGAGGAGAGCAGCAGGGCCAUCUCCGCCAAGUCAA